AUGAUGGCCACCACAAUCUCCGUAGUCAAGACGCUUAUAAUACCCGCCGUCAUCUCCCUUAUCCUAUUUCUCCUAUCCACCUACGUGUUUGUCCCAUUAUGGCGGCAUUACCAUGCGCGUUAUAGCCAAUACCUCCCUCUCGACACGAUCUCGAGUCAUACGGUAUCCCUACGCGUCAGAGUACAAGAUGCAAUAGCUCGAUGGAUGGUCCCAUCGAGGUGGCGCAUUAAUAUGCACGACCGCGUAGUAGUCGGAGCCGAUGACGCAUCCGACAUAGGUUUCAGCUCCGAAGAAGGCGAAGAAUUGGACGAAGUCAACGACGAUCGCCGGCACGCGAUAUCAUUAGAUGCCCAUGAUCCCGAGCGUGCGGAUAGUACAAGGAGACUAAGCAGAGAUUUAGAGGAAGGCUUCCGAGAUGACAGCGAAGAGGAAAAUGACGCGCAUCGAAGCAGGCGGUAA